AUGGCCGCCAAGGCCGCCCCGGCCCCGGCCCCCGGCCCGACCCUCCGCGGGGACCCCGCCGCCUUCUCGGCCGCCCUUCGCGGCCUCCUCAACAGCCCGCGCUUCAGCGAUGUGACCUUCUUGGUGGGGAAGGAGCGUCGGGAGGUGUUCGCCCACCGCUGCCUGCUGGCCAGCCGCUGUGAGUACUUGGGCAGGCUGGUGGAGCAGAAGCCCCCGGCCCCAGGCGGAGGGGGCGCGCCGGGCAGGGGGCCGCCCCCGGGGGAGCCGGUGAUUCUGGACCAGGUGCAGCCCGAGGUCUUCCUGGCCGUGCUGGAGUUCCUCUACACUAACAGCGUCCCCCUCAACAGCCGCACCGCCCUGGAAGUACUGACGUCGGCGGUGGAGUACGGGCUGAAGGAACUGAGGGAGCUGUGCGUCGACUUUGUGGCCGAGUCUCUGGAUGUGGAACUGGUCUGCGAGGCCCUUCAGGUAGCCGUGACCUUCGGGCUGCGAGUAUUGCAGGAGCGCUGCCUCGGCUUCAUCGAGCGCCAUACCCAGGACGUGCUGGGCACCCGGGGCUUCCACGAGCUGUCGGCCCCGGCGCUGCUGCCCGUCCUGCGCAGCGACCGGCUGGACGUGGACGAAGCGGAGCUCAUCGCGGCCACCCGCCGCUGGGCCCACGUCAGCUCCGCGGUGCUGGGGCGGCCCGUGGGCGAGGUGGCUUGGCCGGCCGUCGGGGAGCUGCGCCUGGCCCUGUUGUCCCCACGGGAGCUGAGCUCGCUGGAGGAAAAGAACCGGCAAGACCAACUCAUCCCGGUGGAGCAGAUCGCUGAGGCCUGGAAGUGCCACGCCUUACAGAGGGGGCCCGCCGCCCGGGGCCCCCAGUGCCGGCGCCGGAGGGGUACCCGGCCCCGGGAGCACCACCGCUUCUUUGACUCGCCCCCCAAGUGACUCACCCACCCCCCGGGGAACCCCCACUCCCGGAAGCGUCACCGCCGCCCCUCCGAGGACCGGGAACGGUGGUCUCGUCGACCCCGGGCCUGGAUGCAGGCGAAGCCUGGGGGAUCUUGGACCGUGGGUUCCCCCCCGGCCUGCAACUGCAGGGGUCUCUCACUAGGGCUGGGCAAUCCAUCAAUCAGUGGUAUUUAUUGAGCGCUCACUCGGUGCAGAACGCUGUACUAAGCGCCUGGGAGAGGACGCUACAGCGGAAUUAGCAGACACCUUCCCUGGCCCAUAGAGCUUAGAGUCUCAAGGGGUCAUACGGUGGGGCAAGUGACGAAGAGGUCGCUUGUAGGCCGAGGGAAAGGGCAGAUCCCCAAUACUCUCCGCACGUUCUGCCCACCUCCCCCCCCCACACCUCACACCCCUCCGUCUCCUCGCACCCCCCACGCACCUCACACCUUCCUUUCCCCGCCCCCGACAUCCCCCUCACCUUUCUACGCUCCGCACCCACCUCACACACUCCAUCCCCGCAGACCUCCCCCCACCCCCCCCCACGCGCACCCUGCCAUCGGGGGAUGACGGUGCCACCGUGCCCCCCGUGGGAGCGAAAGGGCAAUAAAUACUCUACGACGAG